AGCACAAACACAAGUCAGACCUCCAAAAGCCGAAACUCAACAACAUACAUUCACUCACUCAGCCAUCUCUCUCUCUGCCGUCUCCUCCACCUCUCCUUGAACUCCCCACUCUUCUUUUCGGGUUAUCGGGUUCCGGAUCUGCCUCCCAAUUCCCCAACACCUCACUUUUUAUCGGGUUCUAAAUCGCCCCCAUCUUCCACAUAUAAUGUUCUUUUAAAAGCAACUCCACUUUAUUCAAUUCAACAACAACACAAGAUAAACCCUUCUCUAUAACUCACUCUUUACUUCGCUUUCUCAUGGCUGGCAAUGGACAAGAAGGUUUAGGAGAUGAUUUCUUUGAGCAAAUAUUGGCGGUCCCUUCAGGCUAUUCAACUGCUCAACCCACUGGUGAAGUUGGCUCUAGUUCAACCAUGCCCAUGUUGCUUCAACUGGGUUCUGGUGCUGCUGCUGCUGUUGGUGUUGGUGUUAGUGACAUGCGAAAUUUGGGUAUGGGGAUGGCCAUGGGGAUGAACAUGAAUAUGAUGCCUUUAGGCUUGAAUUUGGAACACGGGUUCUUGAGACAAGAUGAUAACAACGCUAACAAUAAUGCUUCUUCUUCUUCUCCUAAUUCUUCAACUACUUCUGGAAUCAACGAGAGAGAUUCGGUGCACAUGCCAAGGUUGUUUCCAGCGUUUGGACAGUUGCAAGUUCAUUCUUUACGGCCGUCAACGCCACGCCCACCACAACUCCACCAGCCAUUUCCUGGCCAACAAACGCCAGGAGUUCCUGCUGCGCCACAACCUCCUGCCAUCCGCCCAAGGGUGAGAGCAAGACGAGGACAAGCCACAGAUCCUCAUAGCAUUGCCGAGAGGUUACGUAGGGAAAGAAUUGCAGAAAGAAUGAAGGCUUUGCAGGAGUUGGUUCCUAGUUGCAACAAGACAGAUAGGGCAGCCAUGCUCGACGAAAUUGUGGAUUAUGUUAAGUUUCUGAGGCUUCAGGUCAAGGUUUUGAGCAUGAGUAGGUUGGGUGCGGCUGGUGCAGUGGCUCAGCUUGUUGCUGAUGUACCUCUAUCAUCAGUUGAGGGAGAGAGCAUUGAUGGUGGAGCCAAUCAGCUAGCUUGGGAGAAGUGGUCAAAUGAUGGAACAGAGCAGCAAGUAGCUAAGCUAAUGGAAGAAGAUGUUGGUGCUGCAAUGCAGUUCCUUCAGUCGAAGGCGCUUUGCAUCAUGCCCAUAUCACUUGCCAACGCAAUCUUUGAAACCCAUCAGCCAGAUGCACAGCCGUACAUCAAGCCUGAAUCAAACACCCCUUCAUAGACCUGAACAAGAAUUGCAGUUUCACACGAUAUAUCCCUGGCAUGCAUCCAGGCCCCAAAUCCUGUAGCAAUCGGCUCUUACAACAGCGAUAUAUCAUAAACUUAGCUCCAUUUUCUAACUACAUUCGAAGAAACAGUCAAGUCCCCUGCACGUGUUAAUUCAUCUUUACAGUUUUGUCAAACAAGGAGUGAAUCACAGGCAAUUAUGCUAAGCAAAUGGUCAAUUCCAAGUGAAAAAUUUUCAAAGCUGAAUUGAUGUACUUGCUCUGAAAAUAUUUGUGGUGGGGUUAGUGGUGGAUGACCAAAAUGCUGGUGGUGGGAACUCGCUUUCUUUCUUUCUUUCUAUCUUUUUCAUUAGUGCAAUGUGGGACCUUUCAAAAGGGAUGAAUAGGUAUGUGUAUGAUGUAUUUGUGGAUAAAUUUAAAUGCAAGUUGAAAUAUAUCUAAAGGAUUGGUUGUUUUCUAAA